AUGGUGUUGUUCCUAGCACAGAGACUUAUGCAGCCUGUAAGGGGCAUGUGCAGCUUUUCAGGUCAGAGACUUUCUUUCCUUCUAAAGAUGAGCUUCCUUCGUUCUGGGGAGGGUGGAAGUUCCUUAUGCUAGGCACUCGGUUCCACUGUGUGUGCACUUUAGUUUCCACUAUGGACAACGGAAACCAGUUUAUGUAACUGGGUUAUUAAUCCAGUUAAAAUAUAUUUCUAUGAUGAGACACAAAAUCUUCAGAAGGUCAUAUUAGGUUAAUCGGAAGACUUCAUAUAAAGACAAAAGACAAAGGUUCUCGGAUGUUUAGGGUCGCUAAAACUUCAUCAACUUCUGAAUUCAGAACUGAGGUCAUAAAAAAAGAGCAUGGUUUUCAGACAAUGCAAUUCAUUAAAAUCUCAAGAUAGGACCAAAAUAUUAUGUAGUAGAAAUUCUCAUUUAAUUUGAAAUUCGUUACCUUAAUUCAUUUCUGGCCAUGAAUUAGCUGAGUUAUAUACUCAUUUAAGUCUCAUUGUUCUCAGUUGGAGAAAUUAUGUGUUUUAACUCUUCCACACAGAGAUUAGUGGACUUGUGUUUUCAAGCAUGGCUGGAUUUUAGUUUUAUGUCUUUUGUGUAGUUUGUGAAACUACCUGGUAUAGUUUCUCUUGUACUUGCAUUUGUUCAAACCUCUUUAUUUUGGCCCUUCCAUUUGUACAUUUCUGAUAUAUUUUUGUGCAAUUCUAUAAAAGCAAAUAAAAAUAUCCAUUGUUUCAAAGUCUUUUGUUUAUCUUACUAAUUUUGAAUUGUUGAAUUGGAAAAAAAAUAAUAAGGUUAAGCUUCCUUGUCAACCUUUGAAACAAUCUGUUACACGGUACAGAUUAAAAGGACAUACAUUAAAGGUUUUUAACUGAGAAAGUGAAUGCUAAAGAUAAUCUAGUUCUUUUAUAUUUUUCAUACUAUACUGUAUGUCACCUUCCAAAAUGUGUAAAAAAUGAAGAUUUAUAUGAUAGGAAAACCUGUAUGAUCACACUGAGUUUUCUUUAAAAGGAAAAUUAAAUUUAUUUUUAAAAACUUGUUAUGCUUGAAUUGCUAGUUUAUGGUGUAAAAUAGAGAAUCCAAACUCUCUGGGUAGCUGGAUUCUAUGCAGUACAAGGUACACUUAACUUUAUUGACAUCAGCAGGCUUAGGCAUGCCCAACUCUGCAUAAGAUCAGGCUGCAAUCCUCUGCAAACACUUAUGUGAGCGUUAAGUUCCAUUGAAUUCAGUGGGACUUCUGAGAAUGCAAUGACUGGAUUGGGUCUUAAGUUUGUUGACCUGAGCACCCUUUCCAGGAAGAAAGUUCUACGGAGCUCAGUAGUAUUUGCACCUGGGGAUGCUGCUGCAAAAUGCAAGCGGUGAGGGAGGUUGUAUUCAUCUGCAUGUUUACUAAUGGUAGACCCUUUAAAUUCUGUUGGAUUUAUUUCUACAUGAAAAUGUGGGCAGCCUAUUCAUACAGUACUUAUAUUGGAAUAUGUCCUAUUGAGUUUCUGAGUAAACAUGCAAAGUAUAAAGCUGAAAAGUUGCAUUCCUGAGCAGAUUUAUGAGGGGUAAUAAUUGGGUAAUUCUUUCUAGUAGACAGUCAUCACUCUAGUUUCCAUUAACUUCAGUGAGUAUGUAGUCCAAUCUCAUGCAUAUUUACUCGGAAACACCUAUUGUGUGCAACUGGGCUUGCUCUUAAGGAAGUGUGUAUAGGAGACCCUGAACCUACGCAGGGACUGGGUUCUAAAGCUGCAGCCCUUUGCAGAGUUUGGCAUCCCCAACCCAACUUAAUUCAAUGGUUUUUAUGCACAGGAUUUCAACCUCAGCUACUACUGGUUUUCUCUAGAUUGUAUUCUUGGUCUGUAAUGAUGUCUAUUAGCAAUUUUUAUGUACCCACCUAGUUGCCCACUCUUGUGAAUGUUAGCAGUUUAUUCAAACGUAGUAUUUUGGCACUUGAAUGAAAUACUUUGAUACCCGCCCCCCUCAAAUAAGUCUGAUUCUCAAUAUUUUCAGUAUAUUCCAAGUGCAUAUGAAUAAAAUCUAUAUUGAUAAGAGUGCAUUAAUAAUUGGGCAGAUGGUAAAAUGUUUUCGUGUCAUGUAGUACUCCCUACUCAGUUUCAAGGAAGAGAAACAUAAGCAUUACAAGGUCUACCAGGACAGAGGAGAGUUAGGACUGUGUCCUUACAAAACAAAUACUGCUAAAAAUACUGUGUUGCACAGGAAGAGAUAAAAGGAAUACCAGAAUGUAACUUGCAGUACAGUCACAUUCACACACACACACACACACACUUUAAUCUCAUUGUAUGGUUUUGAAAGGAUGGUUAGUAGUUAAUAGAAGCAUCACUGCAAUAUCUUAGCUAUAUUGUAGAACAGGUGUGGGGAACCUGUGCCCUCCCUAGAAGUCAUUGGAUUGCAGCUCCCAGCAUCCUUGAUCAUGGACCAUACAGACUUGGGCUGAUGGUAGCUGGAGAGCACCAAUGUUUGGAUAAUCACAGGUUUCCUACCCCUCUAGUAGAAGAGUAUCAGUUAACCUUACCCUGGUAAAAGGAGGGUAAGCUCCAUGGCUAAGGUGUUUGCAGCCUUUGAGAUGGAAAUAAAUACUGAGGACAGACAAACAAAAAUCUUAAAAGUGAUGUCCUUUCUGAAAGUUAAAGAGAAUUUGUGCAAUUCUGUUCUGUCACAUUUGUAAGUAAAUUGAAGAUUUAAAUCUUUUUGAAUCUGCCAUCCAUAGCUACUUUUUGGAGUAAGUACAUGUGAAUUCAGUGGGGCUUACAUCUGAGUAGACAUUUAUAGGCUUGCACUGCAGGUUAUUCCAUGUGGAUUUGCCUUAGAAGAAAGGUGAAAAGAACAGUUCUUAAGAAUGGCAAGCGUGUGACUUGACUGUAUUACACCUAGAAAGGUCUUUCAGCUUAACACAAUGCAGCUGUUUUCUUUUAGACUGCAAGUUCUGUUUCUUUCGGAAUUUGUCCAUCCAGCCUGUUGAGCAAAGGAAGAUUCCAAACCGGUACCUCGGUCAACCUAGCCCUUUCACACAUCCACAUCUUCUGAAACCAGGUAAGGAUCAUUUCAGUACAGUCCUAAGCAUAUUUACUCAGAGGUAAGAAACACUGUAUUCAGUGGGACUUACUCCCUGCCAUGUUUGCAUAGGAUAGCAUCCACGGACACUAGUUUCUAAGCUGUGUCAUUAGAUUCUUUUUAUUUUGCAUGAAGAGGAGGAAAAUUGUACAUCCUUAGUGGAAUUCACCUUCAGAAAGUAUUUCCUAAAAUUCCAAAGAGGUAUCAUCCCUGUGUAUGCAUUUCUCAAUCAGUUCAGACUCAUUGCUUAAAAUAAUAGAGCAUCCCAAUAUGAGAUAAAACUUGAGAUAAAUACAGCAAAAAUUUUAAGUAUAGAACAGUGAAAUGGGAGAAUGGAAAGUGUACAUGUGUGAGCAAAGGCAAUAUGUAAACCAAGCAGGUAUGGUAAACAAAUAUUUCCAUGACAGCAGCAGCAGAAAAAAAAUUCCACAUACAGUGGUACCUCGGGUUACAGACGCUUCAGGUUACAGACUCUGCUAACCCAGAAAUAGUACCUCGGGUUAAGAACUUUGCUUCAGGAUGAGAACAGAAAUUGAGCAGCAGCAGGAGGCCCCAUUAGCUAAAGUGCUACCUCAGGUUAACAACGGACCUCCGGAAUGAAUUCAGUUCUUAACCCAAGGUACCACUGUAGUUCUUAUGAUUGACAGAACUUACUUCCUUCCCUAAGAACUUUUCUGAACACCAGUUCCAUAUUUUCCUACCUUCAGAGUUGCUGCAAGUGGGCAGAAUGUCAGGUCCUUCCUUAUCAUAGCACCGAAAAUCUGGAAUACCUUCCCAUGGCAGUCUGGGCCCAUAUUUAUGAGUCUUCAAGUGGACAGGGAAGACAGUUUUGUUUCCAAUAGGCCUUUAGGUCAUUUUACUGAUGUGCUUCUGACAGAAGAGUGGGAUAAAAAAGUUUGUAAAUAAAAAAAACCUCUCUGCUUGAUUGACAUUUGUAAAUUAGGCCUGGGACCGUCAUUUAAUUGUACAGUCAUACCUUGGAAGUCAAACAGAAUCCAUUCUGGAAGUCCAUUCAACUUCCAAACAUUCAAAAACCAAAGUGCGGCUUUGGAAGCUGUGGGAGCCCCAGCGGACAUUUGGCUUCCAAAAAUCGUUCAAAAACCGGAACACUCACUUCCAGGUUUCGAUCGUUGGGGAGCCGAUUUAUUCGGGAGCCAAGGCAUUCGAGGUCCAAGGUACGACUGUAUAGCUAGCAAUCAGUGUUCCAGAAAAGGAAUCAUUCACCCACACUUGAAACUCAUUGUUAUUCAACCAUGCUUUCUUCCAAAAGUGACAAUCCUUUUCCUUUAUCUCAAACACCUUUAUUUUCCAUUUGUAUUCUAUGAUUUGCCUCUCUCUCCAAACAUGUAUCCUGUUGUCAUGCAUGUUUGAGUCCCACUGAGUUCAAUCAAAUUAGUAUCGGAAUGCACUGUGUGGUUAUUUGUGUAUUAUUUUAUACCCUGCCUUUCUACUAGUAAGUUAAAAUUACAUUACUAUGGGCUGGUUCACAUGUCAUUUUAAGUACAGUGGUGCCUCGCAAGACAAAAUUAAUUCGUUCCGCGAGUUUUUUCGUCUUGCGGUUUUUUUCGUCUUGCGAAGCACGGUGUCGGAAAAGUUUUGGAAAAGCUUCAAAAAUCACCAAAGUCUUCAAAAACCUCAAAAAAGGCUACCACACCGCGUGCUAUGAGUUGCUCCUCAAAGUCAAGUCGCAACUGUAUUAACGGUUUUAAGAAAAAGGAAACAAACUUGCAAGACGUUUCCGUCUUGCGAAGCAAGCCCAUAGGGAAAAUCGUCUCGCGAAGCAACUCAAAAAACCAAAAACCCUUUCGUUUUGUGAGUUUUCCGUCUUGCGAGGCAUUCGUCUUGCGAGGUACCACUGUAUGGUUUAAAGGUGAACAUAUUCUUGCAUGUGACUAAAAUAACAUCCAGCUUAUUCUCUUCUGCACUCUUGCUGCUGCUGCUACACUGCCAGAAUCUAAGCUAUACUUUGGCUUUGCAUUGUGUCUGAACCCAGGCUCAUGCUAUAUAUGGAAAGAGACAAACCAUAAAUCUAGGUUCAGACAUGAUGUGAAGCCAAAGCAGGGCUUAGCUCCAAGCAGCAUGGCAGUGGCCAUGGUGAGGAAGGAGCGAAGCGUCCACAUUUAUGGUCCCAUAUUUAGCACGUUGCAAGUAUACUAAAGCUUAAUUGUGGUUUCAGGUGGUCUGCAAACUAGGACAAAAUAUUACUGGAUUACUAUAAAACUGAACCCUUGUUCUUCCAUUCCAACAUAAGAGAGGCCCUAAUGGAACAUGUAGUCCAGCAAUAUGCUUCCCAGUGUCCAAAUGUUUCUAGGAAGCCUCCAAACACAACAUGAAGAAAACAACCCUUCCCUACUGUAUUCCUGCAGCAACUGGAAUUCACUGGCAUGUUGUCUCUAAGUGUACUUUUCAGUCUGCACUGUACUUUCUUCAUUAUGGGUUUGAUCCAGUGGAGGCACCUGUUAGUGGAAGUGGGAGGCAUAAUUUUCACCAGUUCUACCUCUUGCCUGCACUACCUCCCAUGCUAUUCUGGGGGGGUCCUUCAGCAGAGGUGCAGAGUCUGGAAUGAGCAGAGGUUGCCUCCACCCCCUUUCAUUAGCAGGUGUUGGGAGUGACCUUUCUAGGAGUAGAAUGCCACUCAUGGGAUCAUUAGAGGCAACCCAGAUUAUUGUAAAGGAAAACAUUCUGAAUGCAAGGUAGCCAUAUGAAACAGGUAGCAUAAACAUCUAGGCAAAGACCUUUGGCUUGAGAACCUCAUAUAACUGCUUGCAGCAUUAGUCUCCUAUCAUUUUCACUGGGACUUCCUUUCAUGUAAGCUUGCUUAGAGAUUGUAGCCUAAGGGUGCAGUUCUCACAUAAAACGUCCCACUUAACUUCAUUAACAUGUACGAGUGCAGGAUUGUGGUCAUAGAUUAUGCCAAGAGUGUACCUCAUUUGCAAUCAGCAGCUCUUGUUUCUUCAGUCCAGUUGUGUUAAAAAGACUCUGUACUUUGCAUUCUUUGCAGAUAAAAUGUGGUUGACAGAUUAAAUCUGCAGUUCCGAGAAAGAGAAUUUUUCCUUGGAGCUAUUAGGUACAUAGCUUAUAAUACUAAAAAUAGUCCGAUGAUUGUUCACUGUUAAAAGCUUGAUAAGUUUUGGAGAAAUUUUCACUGGGCAAUCUAAUAUCUCUUCUGACUUCACCUUAAAGGUUGCACCCAGCACUACCAUUGCCUGUUCAAUAUCCAGAAGCUGAAAAAGUGUAGUAUUUCAAUUGGGUUAAAGUGUACCUAUUUUCUUCCUCCAUCAUCACCUAUUCUCCAAUCUAAAAAUUAAUAUCCUUAUGUUAGUUUGUGGAAUGCCUUGAGAAUUAAUGUUAGUUAAUUUCAAAUGGAGCUUUUCUUUCUUACACAUGACUGUGAAAUACGCUGAGAAUGUGUACACAUUGGAGCAGGGCACGGGUAACCAACCUGUAGCCCUCCAGAUGUUGCUGGACUGUAAUUCCCAUCACCCCAGCCAUUGGUUAUUCUGGCUGAUGCUGAUGGGAGCUGGAGUCCAGCAAGUUUCCCACCUUGGAGUAGGGAAAAGAAUAGUGAUGAGGAGAAAAGAGGGUAUGAGGUGGAAAGGAGAGUCAAUUGAGAGGAGCAAUGACAUGCUAGAGGAGGAAAAUUUGCUGCUUAGCAGCAUAGCGCAGGAAAUUAACAGAAUGAAGAAGUGUUUUUGAAACAAGAAUAGCUAUUUUGAUUUCUGUUCACAGGAGAAGUAACACCGGGGUUGUCGCAAGUGGAGUAUGCUCUCCGUAGGCACAAGUUGAUGGCUCAGAUACACAAAGAGGUGCCAGGCAUGGACCACACAGUGAUUCUGCUAUCCAAUCCCACCUACUACAUGAGCAAUGAUAUUCCAUACACCUUCCACCAGGACACUAACUUCCUGUAUUUGUGCGGGUUCCAGGAGCCUGACAGCAUCUUGGUGCUACAGACUGUGCCUGGCAAACCUUUGCCAUCCCACAAAGCUCUGUUGUUUGUCCCACGGCGGGAUCCAAGCAGGGAGCUAUGGGAUGGACCGCGGUCUGGUACAGACGGGGCAGUGGCUCUCACGGGCGUGGAUGAAGCAUAUACCAUAGAAGAGUUUAGGCACCUGGUGGCUAAAUUGAAAGGUAAGAAGAAGAAGAAACAUAUAGGAGAUGUGGAUUGGUAGGAGUUUCGGCAGGGUGUACAAAGCCUUUGGGCAGGUUGCUCACAGGUGGAGAGCAUAGUGGAAACAUGCAAAGGAAUUUUGUGCUCCCAGCUACCUGGUUGUAAUUCCCCACCCCCCACCCCUUUAAAAAUAUUUGAGAAAAGUUACAUAAUCAACAUUUUAGAUUCUCCUGUGGCUGUUGGAUGGCCUGUGGCUCAGGAAUCUUUACUAAUAUAGUAGAAAAAUCACAGAAGUCUUCAGUACUGUGGCAAACAUUUGCAUUGUCCCUUCAGGAUCCCUUUAUUUGAAUAAUGACUAUUAGGGAAGAAUAAUGUGUCCACUUGACAGGCUUACUUCUUUCUGACAUAUAUCAUCCAAAGGCCUGGUUUUCCAUAAGAUUAGAUGACAUAUUUACAUUGAGGAAAGUGGAUAUCCUAUUUACACAGACAAUUUUCUGCUGUGAAAUAUCUAUAAUUGUAUCCUGCAUUUUAGAUCCUACAUUGACCCAGGGGGGCGGGGCGGGUGUGAUGACCUCCAAGGUACCUUCCAACUCUAUGAUUUUCUCAGCUUAUAAUUAGCUGGAAGCCUCAUACCCAGCAUUGCUUGGGAAUUUUAAGUAUUAAAAUCAGUGCAGGUUAGAAAGGUUCAGUCUUCAAACAGAGAUGAAAACCUGCUGUUUGAUCUCAGAAACCAUCAUGUAAAACUUGGUUAAGGUACCUUAAGUGUUGUCCUCAGAUGCAUGGAGAACAGGCAAACUUUCCAAAAUAGAUAAUAGAUAUAAGUAUACAAUGUUGUUUCUAAGUGGAUGGUACAUUAGAAUAGAAAGAAUAGUUUCAACAAUACAGUAGUUCUUGCCAAUUCCUUUCAGGCAGAUUUUCAAAGUACUGAUUUCCCCCAAGAUAUAUAUGGCUAAUUAAACUAACGUGUUUAUAUUCUGUUUCACAGAUGAAUCUAGUAUGGUUUGGUAUGAUUUUGCUAAACCUGUGCAUCCACAACUCCAUUCUGAUUACUUGCUACACCUGGCAGAAGUCAAAGCUAGAAGCAAGAAUCGUAUCCGAGCAAUCAGGCACUUAGUGCAAAACCUACGACUGGUUAAAUCUGCGGCAGAGAUUGAGAGAAUGAAGAUUGCUGGCAAGGUGACAUCACAGGUACGGGACAAGGCAGUUGUGCCUAACAGGAUGUUAACAGAAAAUCUGGCAUGGUGCAGAAACACUUUUCAAAGGGGAGAUGAGAUGUGGACAAACUUGGGUUGCUUCUGGUUGGAUGGUUCUGGGGACUGUUCUUUUAUAAGUGGGUAAUCCCAAGGAAAAUACAUUCUUCAAUUUUAUGGGAAGGCAUUUGUAGACUAAGCUUUCCAAUACGGCAAGACCUUUAUUGGCUAACACAACAAUUAAUUUCAUACAAAGUAAUUCAACAAAACACCAAUCAGGUGGGAACCAAAUGUACUUGAUCUUCUUCGUUAUUACUUAGUUUCACAAUCUGAGCCAAUUCCAUCUUGGGUUAUUUAUCUAGUGACAUCCCGUGGUUGGUCUUAGAAUGCAGUGUUUUGAAAUAAACUUUGAGGGGCAUUUUUAAGAAGCAGAACUGGUUUUUGCAAAUCCAUAAUGAUCCAUUAUGGAAAUGAUUUCUGAUGUUGUGGAAUAAGAUCAAUCUCAAAUUAAAUUUGAAAACAUGCGCUUUGACUAUAGAUUUUUAUAACAAUAUAUUUAAUGAUAGUAAUUCCUGGUUCGCCUUUUCCAAAUGGGACUAUUACUAAGAAUAAAAAAGAGCCUUUCGGGAUCAGACCAAAAGCCCAUCUAUUCUAGCACCCUGUUCGCACAGUUGCUAGUCAGGUGCCUAUAGGAAGCAUUCAAACAGGACAUCAAUGCAACAGUCCUCCCACUUUUGUUUACCUAGCAACUAGUAUUCAGAGGCAUGGCACCUCAAACACUGCAGGUGGUACACAGCCAGCACAGCUAUCAGCAGUUGGUCGUGUUAUUCUCCAUGAAUUCUUUUAACCCCUUUUAAAGCUAUCCAAAUUGAUGUUCAUAAUUAUGUAUUGUAGUGGUGGAUUCCAUUUCUCUGUCCAGAAUCUUCCAACAUUCAGAUUUCUUCUCUAGAACAGGGUUUACCAACCUAUGGGCUGGCACCCACAAGUGGGUACCAAAGCCUGUGAAAGUGGAUCAGGGGCUUUAUAAGUAAAUCCGACACGAUUAUUGCUCUUAAUCUUACAACUUUUUGUUUCGUUGGCAUAUACUGUGUUGCUGUGUUGACACUUGUUACCAUUGCUUUAGAUAAGCUUUGCAACUUUAUUUACUCAUUAAGGACAUUAUUUUAUUGCAUUGUAAAAGAAAACGAUGGUUUGAUGUCAAGUGACUGAGGAUACGGGCUUAAUUCGGGCAUCACAUUAAGCCAUGAUUACGGAAGAUUAAUGAAGGUUAAGCAUGAUUUUUCAAGUAAAGAAUCACUACUUUAGAUUAGAUAGCAGAUCAGUAUCAGAAACCAUGGCUUGUGCUAACUGUGGCUUGGUUUGAAUUGAAUUGAGUAGUUAUGGCUCUGCUUCCAGAGGCUGCUGUACCAUAAAGCCAGAAGUGACGGGUCUGGACAGAUUGCCUUGAGAUCUGUAUUGGAGCAUGCAAUGUGUUUUUCUCCCAUGUUUAGCUACCUUGUUUAACUGGGUGUUAGAUGUGGGGGACAUACCUGACUAAUGGUGGUUUUCCCAAAGCCACGAAGAGAUCCCAAGCGUUUGGAAUCUUGCCACUGUAUUUCCCUCCUCAACCAGGAUUAGAGUGUAUUUACAGCAGUCCUGGCAGAUAUACAUCCAGACCCAGGUGGGUUUUAAACCACAGACGCAAACUAACAACUGUUUGAGAAACUGAAAGAUGCUGUACAUAAUUGACUCGGCUUUGUUUCAGACUUCCAUGAACAAACCUCUGUCAGCUUUUGAGGGUAAUGACAGAAACAGGGGUAUGGUUUUGAAAAUGUAUACAAUCCUAACACAAAUAUUUCCCUCUUUUGCGGUGCAAAAGCCAGCAUGGGAAAUGGGUGUGGGGAAUUGGGGUCAGGUCAUUGUCAUAAAAUGUGGCAUGUGAAGUCUCUUACCCACAGUCUCUGCUGAUAUUUAGGACAACUUUCUUAAGCUCAUACAUUGGUGGUUUUAUGUACCAGUUCAAGUGGCCAUAUUCAGAGUAGUGGUAAUGCACUGUGUUGGCUGUGAAAUGCUGUGAAAGAGGCAGUUAUUGGCACCUCUGGUGGACCUGUCCAGCAGUAAAAGCCUUCUGGGAAUAGCUGUUGAGAUGAAUGUCAUCACAGGCCAUAGAUUGCUUUUGGGUCCUAAGUUAUGCUUAUUCUAUAUUUGACUUUUUGACAGGCGUUUGUGGAGACAAUGUUUGCAAGCAAAUCUCCAGUGGAUGAAGCAUUUCUGUAUGCUAAGGUAUGUGCUUUGUAGUAUCCUAGAAAGCAUCAUAAUUCUUCAUGCAGUUGGGAUGGAUUGAUUGAUUGAUUGAAUUUGUAUACUGCCCUUCAUAAGACCUCAGGGUGGUUCACAAGAUAAAAAUACAAGAUAAAAGCACAGAUAAAUAGAACAAAAACAAAACAAUAACAUCCCCCUCUUAGUAUUGCAUUGACCUCUUAGGCAGCAGUUCUAUGCACACAUACUUCAUAGGGGACACGGCUGGUGCUGUGGUCUAAAUCACUGAGCCUCUUGGGCUUGCCAAUCAGAAGGUUGGUGGUUCAAAUCUAUGUGACAGGGUGAGCUCCUGUUACUCUAUCCCAGCUUCUGCCAACCUAGCAGUUCAAAAGCAUGCCAGUAUGAGUAAAUAGUUACCACUGCAUUGGGAAGGUAAGCGGCAUUUCUGUGCACUCUGGUUUCCGUCUUGGUGUUCUGUUGUGCCAAAAGCAGUUUAGUCAUGCUGGCCACAUGACCCGGAAAGCAGUCUGCGGACAAACGUAUGCUCCCUCGGCCUGAAGCAAGAUGAGUGCCUCACCCCUUUGACUGGACUUAACUGUCCAGGGGUCCUUUACCUUUACCUUACCAUACCUUAUACUUCAGAAUAAGUCCUAUUGGCCUCGCUAAGACUUGCUUAUGAGUAGACAUGUGGAGGAUUGCACUGUUAGUUUUCCUUCUAAGACAACAAUGGGAGCUUAAUAUAGGCCUUUUCUCUGCCACAACUCAUUAUGCAUCUUUCCCUAAACUUACUUCCUUUCAAAACUAUAACAGACAUGGGAGUGAGGCUUCAGAGAAGUUUAGGAAAAACCUGACAAACCUUAAGAGGUGUUUACAAUUUUGCAUUUGUUAGUCAAAAAAAAUAUUUUUAUUUCAUAUGCACUCUCAUAUGAGGGUUUUAUACCUUCAUAUCCAAGAAUGUGUAUUUCUUUCACACAAGCAUAAUGACUUGAAUAGUUCUAUAUUGUGCAUUGUACAGACCUACAAGUCUUUCUUCCCUGCAUAAGAAAUGAAUUGGCUAGGAUAUGGAUUGAGCCUGCCACAGAGAAUGUGCUUAAUGGAAUUAGAAGUGCCUCCUGGUUUUCCACAUUUCUUUCAAACAUUUCAUCCAGUGAGCCCAAAUCAGAAGCAUCAAGGAGAUAAAUACAACAAAUGGGAGAAUUGUCUGAGGCAAAGGGAGUUGUGUAAAUCUGUAAUUGAUUUAGCCACUUAAAAACUACCAGUGAAUUCAAGCCCAACAUUGUAUCCUCUACACCUCAUUGGUUUGUUGUCCGAUGCACAGGCAGAAAAGGGCUCGGAUGUGCACUGUGCAAUCCUGAGCUAGAAUUAAUGGGUUUUCUUAUUUCCAACUUAAUUAUUCCAGUUUGAAUUUGAGUGCCGGGCUCGUGGUGCUGAUAUUUUGGCUUAUCCUCCUGUGGUUGCAGGUGGCAACAGAUCCAACACCUUGCAUUAUGUGAAAAACAACCAGCUCAUCAAGGUAACCAAAUGGAUUCUGACACUUCUUACUGCAACCUACUGAUAACUUCAUCUCUCUCAAGCCUUGCUAAACUAUUUGGAGAAGUUUUAUUCUGACCCAUGUUUGCUGUUUUGUGCACCCCUCAGAGUUGUGACCUCUGCUUCCUGGGUGUGUGUCCAUGCCAUCUCUUACCAUAGUUAGCUUAACAUAGAGGAGAGGGUGUGGUCAGGAGUAUGCCUCAGCAAAGCCUGAGCUAUGGAGUGACUCUGCAGUGCUUUUUCCUUGUUAGGUUUGCAUAUCUGACUUGAAUCCGAGAAGCUGUAACAUUUAUCUUGGGUGUUGUCCUCACAGAGUUCACGUGGACUGGUUCCAAAACUACUGUUGUUUGGCAAAUCUUCCCAUUAAGAUCUUCGGUUUGACAACUGAACCUUCACUGUUCAAUGAUAGUAAUUGCCUUCAGAGGGUGUCUGCACAUAACACAUUCUGUGUGUGUGUGUGUGUGUGUGUGUGUGUGUGUGUGUGUGUCUGUCUUAGUAAAGGAGGUUUGCAUUCUGCAAGCAAAGAAAGGAGUGAUGAAAUCUCGGAAGUUGCCAAAACAAGAUUUAUUUGGCCCAAUACAUUUUGAAAUGUGCAGAAUGUCAGAAGCACUCCAAACAUACCACUGUGUCCUCAGUGAGCAAAUAGUGUUUUGGUCAGAUAAGCCUUGUUUCAUAAGCCAAUAUUUCAUUCCCUGUCUUUUUUCUGUUAAUUGUGAUUUCUCUCCAAUUUUUUUGCCUUCAGCAAGCAUCAGUUUUACCUGUCUCCUACUGGAAGCACCCCUUUCCCAAAUGCAAAUAUUUGAAGAGACAGCGGAACUCCUGGUGCCCAACAUUCCACCCCAUGUGCAGAUUGGCUUAUUCUGUGUUGGCAUGUCUGGUCUCUUUUAUGCUUUAAACUUCACGUCUCAUGUUUUAACCGUAAGAGGCAAACAUGUCAGGUUUUCACACUUUUCAAAAAUUGCUACAUGCUGAAUUUUGAUAUGGUGGCUGAGUGAUUUAUUUAUGUUGAAGAGUGAUUUAUAAACAGCUCCAUGUAUGACAGGAGUGGGGCACCUGUGGCCCAACAAAUGUUGCAGGGCUACAACUCUCAUCAGCCGGUCCAGUCCAUCAGGGGUGAUGGCAGCUGUAAUGUAGCAUCUUCUCGAGAGCUGAAGGUUCCCCAUUCCUGCUAUAUGACCACAUGAAUACUAAACUUAACCUUUCUUGCUAGUGUGGGAGUAGAUUGAUUUUGGAGGUACAAUUUGAGUCCCCCAUUCUGAAUGAGAGCUAUACAAACAUCACCCUUUCAGAUUUUUCUAGUAAUCGGCAUACAGUCAUACCUUGGGUUGAAGUAGCUUCAGGUUAAGCAUUUUUGGGUUGCGCUCCGCAGCGACCUGGAAGUAACAGAGCACGUUACUUCCAGGUUUCACCACUCGCGCAUGCGCAGGUGCUCAAAAUGACGUAACGUGCAUGUGCGGAAGCGGCAAAUCAUGACCCGCGUAGACGCGGGUUGCAUUCGCUUCAGGAUGCGAACGGGGCUCUGGAACAGAUCCUGUUCACAUCCCGAGGUACCACUGUACCGUGGAAGUGUCCUGCGAAUCCAAUGUGUCUAUACUGUGCUAGAGUCUAGCUACAGCCUAACCCAUCCAGAUGUUGUUGGACUGCAACUCUCAUCAUCCACAACCAUUGACCUUGCUAGGUGAGGCUGAUGGGAGUUGUAGCCCAAAAAGCUUGCAGGGCACCAGGUUAAGGGAAGGCUGUUACAUUAUUUCCUACUGUGUACCAGUGUCAUCGGUUGAUUUGUGAAGCGUAGAAGAAAGAUGCUGGAGGCAACGAAAAUGUGUUUGAAGGCAAAGAGGGUCCUCCAGGGAGCAGAGCCAAUUUCCAAGUCAGUGUGGAAAUUUCUACCUUAGAGAAUGUUUUCAAACAGUCAUCUUCUGUAUCACCCUUUCUUCAACUCUGGUAAUUGACUAGAUCCCUAUUCGGAUGUCAUAAGCUUGGAGGGUCCCAUGUUUGCUGUAAGUUAUUGUGGCUCAUAUUGCAUGAAUCAACUCGACUGAAUGGUCUGGCUGAUGCCAUCAACCAUCAGGGUUGCUGGCGUAGAAAUAAUCACACUGUCUGGCCCAAUUACACGACUGGUACUUGUAUAUAUUAACUACCAUGAUGGCAAAGCCUGAAACUCAAGUAGUUUUGCAGCCUGUCCUUGAGGGGCGUGUGAUCAUUGGCCCAUUGAAGAGAGCAGUGAAGAAAGAGCAGGACUAAGACAUCUUAAAAAGAGGACUACACAGCCCUGUUCCUGAAUGGUUUAUUGAGAUGCACAUUACUAAAGUAAAACCAGCUCUACUCUGUCCCAGGGUAUUUCUGCUUACCCUGUAUCUAGAGACAGGGACUCCCUCUCGAGAAAGCCAAGCAAAGAACUUCUGGGACAUUCUCAUACAUCUACAUCAAACAUGAUGCUCCUUGUGGGGGGAAUAAUAAGGGAUUAUAUUUCUGCACACAAAAACUGAACAGAUGUAAUGCAUGUUCUCGUAUCUGGAUGGUCCCUGCAGAAUUCCCCUAACACUGUUUCCCCCUUCUUAGUUUGAAUGCAGUGUCACAGAGUCCAGGUCUUGAUUAUUCAGUCAUUUAAGAAAAGUAUUUCUUCAGAAGUAGAUGUUCUCUUCCUUCCUUUCCUUACAAAGAGACUGGUGAAUGGGGCCACAUGAUGCCUGCCAGUUUCCAAAAUUAUGAUGCUUUUUAACAGGUGACUAAUAAUUGCUGGGGAAAAGGGAGGCUUUUGACUAAGGAAGGAUUUCACUGUUCUGAUUACUUGGAGGGAGAUUGGGGGGAUAUAGGAAUGAUAAUGAACAGCUGAAGCGCACAAGCACAGGGAGGCCCUCUUGUCGCAGGGCAGCAGGUGGACUCUUUUUAGAGUAGCAUAUUACUGGUGAGACUCAGUUCUUAAAACAAGGUCUUUUAUCUCCACCGUUCCCUUCUGGAACUUAAGAACACUGAUCACAGCUGCCCUGAAAUGGAUUUCGAGGUUUAUCAGAACAACAGAAUCUUUUGUACGCAUUCCAUCCAGUUGAGCUGAACUGUCAGAGAGAUCACAAUAAGGUUUUAAUAUGCUUCCAGCAUGUUAUAAAAUUAUAUCAAUCCUAUUAAAAUACGUUAAUGGUGUUUUUUUUUAAAGACUGUGAGUAUGAUGAUUACGUCUGUCCCAUUCAAGUCUCUGCAGGCAGGCCUUAUACUGCAAGCAGUCUGUGAUUUUAAUGAGCCCAUCAAAAUAGGGUGAUCAUUUACAUUUAGAGGGACUUACAUAAGGUAGAGAGCAUGAAGUCGGCAUCUAUGAUGAAGAUUUUAGUUACUUCAGCUAAAUCAUGGGCAAUGCAAAACAUUUCAAACAUAUUCAUUUACCUUUAGGACACAAAUGGGGAACCUGUGGCCCUGCAUGUAUGGUUCAACUGUUGCUCCCAUAAUCUCCAGAUAGCAUGGCCAAUGCUCAAAGAUUAUGGACAUUGUAGUCCAACCACAUCUGGAAGGUCACAGGUCUGCAUUCCUGCAUUACCUGCAGUUGGCUUCAUUGGUCAUUGGAACAAUCUGUAACUGUGCAUAAACAGCUUUUCCUCUUUUGUAUAGCUAAGAAUCGCCCAUCUGUCUAAUCUAUUGGCUGGUAGAAUUCUGUGCAACUCAGAAUUUUUCUUUAAAUCACUGCGCUAGGAGAAGCUGAUCUGAUUAGAAGUUGCUUAUUUUGUAUCUCAUACUGUCUUGAGCAAACAUGGCACCAACUUUUAAAAAUUGCUUUGGCCUAACCUAGGCAGACAGGAUGUUCAGGAAAGGGCAGGACUACAGCUGGAAAACAGCUUCCAACACCCUGGUCUUCUGUCUGAUGAAAAAGUAGUAGUAAUUUAUCCCACCCAGUAUUAUGCAUAAAUUCAGGUUCAAAGAGUUCUCUCUUAUUUUCUGCCUCUGGUUGCGUGAAUUGCUUUUUCUUCUGCCCCAGGAUGGAGAAAUGGUAUUACUGGAUGGGGGAUGUGAAUACUCUGGUUAUGUAAGCGACAUCACCCGCACUUGGCCCAUCAAUGGCAGGUAGGUUCUGUUCCCAGCAGGAGAAUACCGCACUGUUUUUGAGGUCAUGAGAGAGCUGCAGCUUGCAGCCUCCUGAGCAUGCCUGCAUCUCAUCUGUUGGGGAGUUUUGGAAGGGUGUUGGGGAAAUGAAUCCAGGUACAAUUUCAAUAAACCUGUGGUAGCUUUGCUCUGCUGAGCUUCCUGAAAAGUGUCUCUGCUUCACCACUGUCCUUUCUCUAGUUUGUUGUGCUUCAGGGGCUUUUCUCCCCUGUUUAUACUUGCAUGUUCUUUCUCAGUACACAACGAUCAGCCUGCUUCACAAACUGCAGCAUGCGGGUAAUGGCUUACGGUUGCGGUGAUUCAGAACUACCCUACUCAUUCAGAUAUUUUGCAUGGUUCUGUUCCACUUCAGAAUGCAGCUGGGGCUUCUGUUUGGAUAAUUGGUUUGUAUUCAUAUUUUGUGCAUACUUUGUAUGUUCUAUCUGGAAAACACAGUAAAAGUUACUUUUAAAAAAGACAUAUAUGGGGCACUCAUUCCCCUUCCUGUGUGGAAAGCCAGCAUUUUAAGCCUUGUCUUCUCCUUAACAUACCACAUUUUGAUGCGUAGAGAGUAUUUGAUAAGAGGCGAGUAUUCAAACCUGCAUUCUGAUGUGGAACAGUUUCGUUAGGGUCACCUCACAUAAUUAUUUUGUAGCCUGGACAGGCUUUCCUUCCUGUUCAAAUCCUGCUUGAAGUGGUUUGCAUUUGUCUCUCAUUCUCAGGUUCACCAGUCCCCAAGCAGAAUUGUACCAGGCUGUACUAGAAGUCCAGAAGUCCUGCCUGAGGCUGUGUUCUCCAGGCGUGAGCCUAGAGAACAUUUACAGUCUCAUGCUGACCCUCACUGGACAGAAGCUAAAGGAUUUGGGGAUCCUACAGAAAAGCACCACUGAGAACCACCUCUUCAAGGUACUUUGAGUAGAUAAUGAUGGAAGGAAGCAAUCUGCUGCCUUUCUCCAUUUAAAAAAAAAAAAAGCAAACAGGCACUUCAAAACUGGCCAUUGCAAUUUUGAAGUGCCAACUUCCUGCCAAUGUGGGUGUUUCUGGGAUUUCUGGUAUUGUUGCAGGUCCAGAAAGGAUGUGUCUUGUAAAACCAAGGGUUGGUAGCAGUACCUUUCUCAUGCAGCAGAUGGCAGAACAUUCAGCUAAGUCAGGCAUGCAAUAGUUUAAUUCCUGACAAGUGUCAGUUGAGUAGGGUGGGACUGUUCUAACUUGUCUGUGAUAUCAUUAAACAGAACUGCCAGAGGGGGCAGACGAGGAGAGGGAAAUGCUUCAUUUUGUGGUAGUGGUGAGAGUUACGGGAGGUAUGCUCACAGAGGGAUUUUGUUCUCAUAAAAAUAGGAAUCCGACCAUUCUGGAAGUGUCUAUUAACGAGUCACUUUGAUUCUGCUUCGCUGGGUAAUGCUGCACACAACAGGUGUGUUUUUCUUGCUUUGUUCUUUGAUGGACAGAUACAAGCACAAAUAGUAUUUCAGCAGAGGUUAUUUCCCUCUUUUGAUUGCCACUCCCUGGAAUUAUUUGAGGGAGAUCAGAUGUUCACCUCUAUAGGAAGCUUUUAAAAAAAGUAAAAUUCAAUUCCCUUUCUAUGAUAAGUUGAAAGAUGUUGCAAAUUAGAGAGACCCUGUUCAAAGUACAAGCCAAUCCUGUGACUUGGAUCAGGCUGAAUAUAUCCUUUUAUAAAUGCACACAGAGGAUGAGCCAUAAGUCAGCUGCAUUCACAUACUCUCUGGUUCAAUCCCUGACAUUGCCAGGUAGAAAAGAACCUGGAGAGUCACUGCAGCUCAGUGACAACAAUACUGAGCUAGCACUGCUUUCAGUUUAUGAAGGUGAGGCUGAGAAUUUGAUGUAUUAAGAACUUCUUGAUAUUUCUUUUUUGUGGCAGCCAAACGCAUUGUAGCUAGACACUGGAGGUACAUUAAAUUCCUUUGACAAAUGGUAAAAACAGAUUAGACCUUAGCCUUGAUGGAGAAGUUAACAGAAAAAUGUAAAGUGCUUAGAAUUCAAACCACUAGUGAAGACCUUUAUUCCACAUGGCAUUCUUUUUUAUUUACUGUGCAAAACAAUUAUUGUCAGCCACCUGAGAACAUGUUGACUAUUGUGGAGGAAGAUUUUGGCUUGAGGGGCGGGAAUUACAGUAUUUUAUUUAACACAAUUUAUAUUCCACUUGAUUGUAACAAAAUCUCUUAAGUGGUGUAAAAGAGAUAAUAAAAACAAGUAAUGAAAGACAUUUAAAAACAAUGAAAUGCAAAUGAAAAAGAGAUUAAAAUGCAUCAACAUCUACAUGUCUGGAUUGGCUUGGCAAAACAAAAAUGUUCUAAGCUGGUGGCAAAUAGAGUACAGUGGUACCUUGGGUUACAGACACUUCAGAUUACAGACGCUUCAGGUUACAGACUCCGCUAACCCAGAAAUAGUAUCUCGGGUUAAGAACUUUGCUUCAGGAUGAGAACAGAAAUCGCGUGGCAGCAGCGGGAGGCCCCAUUAGCUAAAGUUGUACUUCAGGUUAAGAAUAGUUUCAGGUUAAGAACGGACCUCCAGAAUGAAUUAAAUUCUUAACCUGAGGUACCACUGUACAGUGAAAGUGCUUGCGUGAUAUCAAUGUGCAGAGAGUUCCAAAGUAUACGUGCUACAGUUUGGUUGGAAAUCAGACAUAGCAACUGUGUGGCAAUACUUCUGAAUUUGUCCUAGUUUUCUUCUGUGUAUACGAAAAAGCAAUUAAAAUGUACAAAAACAAAUAAACCAAAAAAAUGCAGAAUGCGCUCCCCACAUGCAACAAAAACAAACCCUGGGGACAACCUGCUAGAGAAAGGCACUUGUCUGCUCAAGAUGGACAGCAGUUGCUUUGUGUCGUCCUAUUCCCCUUCACUGGGAGAAGGCAAGUACUAGGAGCAAUUCCAACCACUGCCUAUGUUGGCUAGUGGUUGGAAGAAGGUGAAGAUCCUGAUUCUACACAUUGCCCAGUUAAAAAGAGCAUUUUGUGAAUUAGCUGUUGGAAAAUCUGAAUUACUGUGGUGAGACAGACAAGUGAUCCUUUUAGCUGCAGUACUCCUGCCUUCCAGUGGUAGUCAGGGAGAUGUUUCAGGGAGCUUCAUGAGCACAGUUUAAGUGCACCUAAGAGGUCAGAGAAAAACUGUAUCUCAAAAUGGAGGUUGCAUUUUUGGCUAUUGAAGCUGAUUCCUACUGAUAGGUCUGCAAUUUAAUGCAAAACAUUUGAAGGUCACUGAGCUAGUUGUAGUCACAACAAUACGUUCCUUAUAUUGUUUGUGUUAGAGGCUUCCUUUUUAUCUUCAACCAGCUGCCUGUGAAUUUGAACGUUGGGACCAAAACAUUUUUGUUUUGUGUGAGGCUCAGGAACAAGAAGGCAAAUGAGAGGAAUCAAAUGAUGCUAGUUGUACAGAAGCAAGAACUAUGAAUUAGUUGCAUACUUCCCUUUCAAUGUAUGUUUCCACUCUCAGCACUGAAGAAAUGUGUGCAUCCCUUCACAUUUUGCUUACUUUAGGAACAUGUCCUUGUCUUGUAGGCUGUUCGGAAAUACUGCCCUCAUCAUGUAGGACAUUAUCUGGGAAUGGAUGUUCACGACACCCCUGAUGUAUCUCGAUCGAUCCCCCUCCAGCCAGGCAUGGUGAUCACCAUUGAGCCAGGUAAAAAUACACCUCCUCAACAAUGCUGGAAUAAAGUUUGCAGGACUGUGUGUGCAUGUAUAGACACUUGUGUAUACAAAUGCCUACCACUAUAAACAUACAUGUAUGUGCAUGUCUACCAUGGGUUCACAGAAUUGCCAUUCGGUUGGCAUAUAUGGUAUUUUCUCCUAACUUGCCAUCCUGAGAGUCCUAGUUCUCACAUUUCUAAAGUUCUUACAUUUCUAGCUUUUACAGCAACGAUGAAAAGCUAGGAGACAUGUAGGCAGCAUCUGGUAAAACCUAGGACAAUAACCUGAGGGCUGAGCAAGACUUGAGCUGCUAGGGGCACUGACACUAUACUAAACACAACAACUUAUGUUUUUUCCAAAAUGCUCUGAGCACAUAAAAUAGGGUAUUAUUUCAGUUGAACUUGCAAUACUGUAGGUUGGGCCAGGUUAGUUCAUUAACAUCUGUUAAGGAAAGAGAUUCCACAAGCUUUAUUCUACUGUGGAUGUAUCUUAGCUGUGUCUUCUACAAGAAGACAACACUUGAUGCACUUAAUGAGGAAACCCCCAGAAAAACCUCUGCAUUGGUACAGCCCAGAAUCAUGGUUAUAUAUUUAGGAUCACUGUGUAAGUUCAGAGUUGCUACUGACAUUUCAUAUUCACCUGCAUGGUAGUGCAACAUGUUACUGGUUUUUUUCUAGCAAGAACAAUACAAAGCUGUUUUUAGUUUGAAAUCAUCUUCCAUCAGCAACAGAGGUUCAGUUGGUGGGAAUGGGGGACAGAGCCUUUUCUGUGGCAGGUCCCAUUAUAAAAUUACCUUCCUUAGCGAAGUUAGACUGGCUCUUCCCUGAUGACUGUUAGGCAAGCAGUGGAGACUUUUAAUAGUUUUUAAUUGGAGGCUGUGGGUUUUAAUUCUACCCUUUUUGGUUUUCAAUGCUCUGCUUUAAUUCUGUUACUGUUUAGUUUUCUGAAUUUGGUUUUGUAAACUGCCUUGGCAGCCCUCGUUAAUAAAAAUACCUUUAUUAGAAACCAAGAUUACUGACCUAGCUGAAUAGCCACAGCAUUCUACACUGGUGUGACACUGAAUGAGCAGUGGCAGAUCUCACCUUGCCUAAAGUGUGGGUCAGGAUAGGGCUCACAGGAGCAUCUCAAGGCCUAUCAAUCUUCUCAAGGCAAGCAGCUACUCAAGCCAAUGGAGAACUGAUUUCAAUGUGAUCCCUCAUUAAAAGGCAAAUGUAUGAAUUGGGGCUAAGAACGGGGAGGUUCUUCCUACUGCAUAAACUCUCCAUUAGGGGUUCCCAAACUCUGGUCCAUGAGCCUGCUUCAUUCAAGUGGUCUGCGACAUGUCUAUAAAAAUUCAAUAAGAAAUCAUACAGCACCUUGCCUAGUGAAUUGAAAUUGCUACAACAAACAGAAAAAACAUUAAGUGAUCUGCCAAGACGCUUGGCAAUUUGCAAGUGGUCUGAGAGGGGGAAAAUGUUUGGGGACCACUACUCUACACCUUUUCCUCUGUGAUUUAAACAAGUUGCACAUAAAUUUCAGUGGAUUUGGUGGCUAAGUGCUCUUCUUCUUCUGACAGCCUUUUUCAUAUUUGAAAACUAUCAGCAAAUCUUUUCUUUUUACACUAUACAACUGGUCCACACUGUAUAGCAGGCAUCUGCAGAGACAUGAAUAACUAACCAAAUAGACUAUGUCACCCACCUCCAUCUUGUACCAACGAAUGCAAUAUGCAGAAUUCUGUGUCCUUGUAUUGUACCACUACUGGACAAAGCUAUUUCUCACAAUCUUCUUGCUUGUUUAGAGUCUUUUCUCAAGUGUGAGCCCACAUAGCCCUCCUCAGUCCUGUCAUAUAUUUGUAUUAGGGUUGAAGAUGAGUGCAAUUGCAUUUCUUUAUUAAUACUGGAGAGGACUGGACAGUUGAUUCCUUAAUCUAAGAAAAUGAAGCCUUUACAGAUCCAUUCUGGAAGUCCGUUCGACUUCCAAACAUUCGGAAACCAAAGCGCGGCUUCCGAUUGGUUUCUGAUUGCACAGGCGUACCAGAAACAAUAGCGGAAGCCACACCGGACGUUCAGCUUCCAAAAAACCAUUUGGAAAUCUGAACACUCACUUCCGGUUUUCGAUUGUUCGGGAGCCGGAACGUUUGACUCCCAAGGUGUCUGGGAGCUGAGGUACGACUGUAUUCAUGUAUCCUGCCUUCUAAAUUCUGUUAGUUUUUUUGAAAUAUUAAGUGGCUUAUAAAUGUUUUAAAAUAAAUCAUUAGUGACAUGCUGCAUAUUUGUGACAUAGUUUUUAACCCAGGCCCUUUAGUUUUGGAUUGCCACAUUUAUUUCCAGGCAUCUACAUCCCCGAGGAUGAUGUGAGUGCCCCUGAAAGAUUUCGCGGCAUUGGUAUACGCAUAGAAGAUGAUGUUGUAGUGACAGAGAACACACCAUUAAUCCUGUCUGCAGACUGCCCAAAGGAGAUCUAUGACAUUGAGCAGGUUUGUGACUGCCACCCUUGA